AUGAGUACGGUCCAUGCAUCUACAACAACUAACUUGGAUAACCACUCAGGUUCUCUCAUCAACAGAUCUGGAAAUGUUGCCACUUUGAGCACCAAUACGCCAACUUCCAACUUAACAGCCAUUGAUACCAACGGUGAUGUGUUUAAAGUUCCUGAUUAUACAAUCAAGGAAAUAUUGCAAGCUAUUCCAAAACACUGUUAUGAGAGAUCAUUAAUUAGAUCAUUGGGGUAUGUGGUAAGAGAUAUCACCAUGAUGAUUUUAAUUGGUUAUGUUGGACACAAAUUCAUUCCUUAUAUUGAGGUUACUGGACACGAAACUGUGUCACGUGCUCUUAGAGGUGUUGCUUGGAUGGUGCAAUCGUACGCAAUUGGGUUAUUUGGAUUUGGAUUGUGGAUAUUAGCUCAUGAGUGUGGUCAUGGUGCAUUUUCUGAUUAUUCAAAGGUUAAUGAUUUCAUUGGUUGGGUACUUCACUCAUACUUGAUUGUUCCAUAUUUCUCAUGGAAAUACAGCCAUGCAAAACAUCAUAAAGCUACAGGCCAUUUAACUAAGGAUAUGGUUUUCAUUCCAUACACUAAAGAGGAGUAUUUGAAAAAGAGCAAUGUUGAAAAAGUUGAAGAUUUGAUGGAAGAAAGUCCAAUUUGGACCUUUGCCAUCUUGAUUUUUCAACAAUUGGGUGGUUUACAAUUCUACUUGGCUACCAAUGCAACUGGACAAGAAUACAAAGGAACUACAUGGUAUGGUAGAUCACAUUACGCCCCUUCUUCGCCAGUUUUCGAAAAGCAUCAGUACUGGAACAUUAUCUUAUCCGACAUUGGUAUUAUUACCACUUUUACUGUGGUUUACCAAUGGUACAAGACAUUUGGAUUAUUCAACAUGAUGAUCAAUUGGUUUGUCCCUUGGUUAUGGGUUAACCACUGGUUGGUUUUUGUCACUUUUUUACAACAUACGGAUCCUACUAUGCCUCACUACACUGCCAAGGAAUGGACUUUUGCUCGUGGUGCUGCUGCAACUAUUGAUCGCAAUUUUGGAUUUAUCGGUCAACACAUUUUCCAUGACAUUAUUGAAACUCAUGUGUUGCACCAUUAUGUGUCAAGAAUCCCAUUCUAUAAUGCAAGAGAAGCAACCGAAGCCAUUAAAAAAGUUAUGGGUGAACACUAUAGAUAUGAAGGUGAAUCAAUGUGGAUUAGUUUAUGGAAGUGUCUUAGAAAAUGCCAAUUUGUGGACGAUGACAAAGAAGAUGCCAAGGGAGUGAUGAUGUAUAGAAAUGUCAAUGGACUCGGUGUCAAACCAAGAAACUAG